AUGGCUGACCAACUGACUCAAGAGCAGAUUGCACAAUUCAAAGAAGCUUUUUCACUAUUUGACAAGGAGGGUAAUGAAACUAUAACAAAGGAAUUGGGAACUGUAAUGAGGUCUCUUGGGCAGAAUCCCACAGAAGCAGAGUUACAGGACAUGAUUAACAAAGUACACGCUGAUGGCAAUGGCACAAUUGACUUGCCUAAAUUUCUGACAAUGAUGGCAAGAAAAAUGAAAGACACACACAGUGCAGAAGAAAUUAGAGAAGCAUUCCGUGUGUUUGAUAAGGAUGGCAAUGGCUGUAUUAGUGCAGCAGAACUUCGCCAUGUGAUGACAAACCUUGGAGAGAAGUUAACAGAUGAUGAUGAAAUGAUCAGGGAAGCAGAUAUUGAUGGUGACGGUCAAGUAAACUAUGAAGAGUUUGUAGAAAUGAUGACAGCAAAGUGA